CAUCAACCAUGGAACGUGUCAGUGUGUGCAUAUGAUAAUAUAUACAAGAUAUUGUCAUCACGUACACAAAACACAAUAAAAAAAAUAGAUUCUACACAGUGUGCAAGUGAUCAAAUAUCUCACAAAACAGAGAUCUAAUCCAAAUGGAUCAGGAGCGCACGUUAAACUUGUUUCCAUAUGGACUACAAGAAGUAGCAGAGGUCGAAGAAAUCGAGGAAGACAACGAUAACGAGAGCAUGACUUUGUCGUCGGUGCCAGAAAAUGAAACGUCGGAGUGUUCAUCGUCUCCGGAGACGUAUCCACCGAUUCCUCCUCGGCCUAAAACUCCGAGAGAGCCGAUGGAGUUUCUAUGCAGAUCAUGGAGCAGUUCUACGUCUGAUAUCUCUCUAGCUUUAUCCUCUCAGAAAUCUAAUAAACAACUCAACAAAACCCAUACACUUUCUGAGUUAGCCGGCGUCACUUCGCCGGCUCCGGCACCACUACCACCGCCUCUACGCACGGAAAACCCGGCGAGCGUGGUUCACGCGAGGCGAACAAGUGCCAUCGGAAAAUGGUUCCACCACCGAGAUUUUGUCGGCGGGAAGGUUUCCAGCAUAAGUAAGAGAGAUAAAUCUCGAUAUGAGAACGCUCAUCUUCACACCGCCGUGUCCAUCGCGUCUCUCGCGACGGCCAUAGCCGCCGUAACCGCUUCGGGAAACCAAGACGGCGCCUUGAUGGAGUCAAAGAUGAUCUCAGCGCUGGCCUCGGCAUCUGAGCUGUUAGCUUCUCACUGCGUCGAAUUAGCAGAGCUCUCCGGUGCCGGCCACGAUCGCGUUGUCUCUGCUGUCCGAUCCGCCGUCGAUGUUCGAGGACCGGGAGAUUUGCUGACUCUAACUGCUGCAGCCGCAACAGCGUUGAGAGGAGAAGCAGCUUUAAGGACAAGACUUCCAAAGGAAGCUAAGAACAAUGCAGCUAUAAGCCCUUGCGAAAGAGCUUUACCAGAGACUCAUGAUUGCUCUUCUGAGCUGGAUUCCGCAAGCACAACCACUGAGGAACAACAGACGUCUGCACAGGGUGUAGACGAAUCCGAUUUGACCUGUAAUGGAGAGCUAAUGCAGUGCACACGAAAUGGAGUUUUGCGGUGGAAGCAUAUGAAAGUGUACAUCAACAAGAAAUCUCAGGUUGUAGUAGAAAUCAAAAGCAAACACGUUAGAGGAGCCUUCUCCAUGAAAAGCAAAGGUAUUGUGAAUGAUGUAUGCGAGACAGUCUCAGGCCUGCAAAGUGUAAAAGAAACAGAAAACGCAGAAGAAAAAGAGCUCUAUUUUGGAAUAAGCACAGGCAAAGGUCUAACGAAGUUCAAGUGCAAGAGCAAGGCUGAUAAGCAGACAUGGGUGGAUAGUAUCCGGAAUCUUCUCCAUCGAGUCACUGCUGUCGAGACUAUUAACACUUCCCUUGAAACUACAAACAUUGGGGAUAGUACAUAAGUCAUAUCUUGUGUUUAACGUUAUUAUGUGUAGUGUACUUUGUUUUUCAUCUUCACUUUGUUUUAAUUUCAGCUGUAAACAUUUUUCUUAUGAAAUAAUGAAGAUGAUUAUAAUAAGACCUCA